GGGCGCGAGUUAGUGUUUGUUUGUUUACAAACUCCGGGCCAGGGAGGGCGAGGCAGCGCCAGCAACUUGUCGCUUUUCACAAGUUAACUCUUAACUUGACGAGGGAGAAGGGUUAUUGGUGGCGUUCUUGUGAGGCGGGGAAGACCUGAAGCAGCUUACACUUACACGAGCGGUGCAGAGAGAGAGAGAGCAGGAGCCGCCGCCAUGGACCUCCUCGACUCCAUCAUGAGCAAGAUGGACAAGCCGCCAAGUGUUACUGAUAAACAAAAGAAAAUGCUGAGAGAGCAACAGAAAGCAGUUGAAGAAGCAAAAAGCAAAGAAAGAGAGAGAUUAAAUCAAUUCAGAAAACAUAUUGAAGAACGAAUAAAUAGAUUUAUUCAAAAUGUCGGCUUAAUGAAAAAGAAAUUCGAACCCAUGGACAGAGUGGCAAGAAGCAUUGUGCGUGAUGUAGCAGAUGUUGCCGGCCUCACCACCUAUGCAUUUGGGACUGAGGAUUUUGACCGUCAUGUGAUGGUGUUUAAGAAAGAGUAUCCAUUAACUGAAGAUGAACUGGAAGCAUAUAAAAAUGGGGAAGAUUGGGAUCCAGAAAAAGCAAAGGAAACAGCUUUGCUUAGAAAGCAACAAGAACAUGAGGAUGAAGUGAGAGCACAACAACUGAAGAAAGAUCCUGGCUCUAGCAAGUUCAUUGAAAAAUAUGAACGUUUAGUAGGCAAGGAGACUGGCAAAGAAUCUGCUAGAAUUUUGGAGGUUAACAAACAGUUUGGUUUUGUCCGCAGCGAGCUGAAGAAGGACAAGAGAACUAUAGAGGAAGCAUUAGCAGAUAUCAGAGCCAAGAAGCUCAAGAGAGAUAAAGAGGAUGGACCGACAGACCAAAAAUCUCGAAGUGAAAAUGAAGCACAUCCGUAACAUUUAUAGACUUUAGUGUGUUGUUAACUUUCUAAAAGUAACUUUUCAUGUAAAUUGAAUUUUUUGAGUGUGUGUGCAAAACGUUUGAUUUUGAAGUUCAUUAUUAGUUGAAUGAGUGAUUGAAUUAUUUUGUGCUCCAGAAUUUUCUGUACAAGGUUAGUUGUAGUAUUUUAAUUUAAUAUACACAUUUGUGUAACAUUAAUUUUUGAUUACUAUUUAUUUUUACUUUAAAUUUUGAGAAUAUUGUGUACAUCAGUGGAAUGUUAAGAUGUUUUUAUUUGGCCAUUGGCAUGGUUUGUGUGCAUUUCAACUGGAAUGUUUAAAAGUCUCCAAACUUUUGUUUCACGUUUAGUAAAUUUUGUCUUCCUUUUGUGUUUGAAUGUACUUUUUGUAACUGUAAACAUGAAAUAUAUUAAAUCCAAAAGGAAUACAGAUAAUGCAGUCUUGGAAAUAUGUUGUCCCUUUCAAAUUGAAGUUGCAACAUAAAUAUUAUUAGUCCAAGAUUGGUACAGGAGUUUAUAGUUUUGUCAAUCUAAAUCUCUGUGGGUAGUAACAAUUGAUUAAUGGCACUUUAUGUCUUCUCAGUAUAAUUAAUGAUGAUUUAUAAAAGUAUUUUGUUGAUCUGUGAUUACUUAUUUCAAAGUUUAUAAUUUGAAAUUUUGUGGAAUCGUUUUAUCUGUACAGUGGUACCUCGAAUAACGAAUUUAAUCCGUUCCGGCGUCGUGCUUGUCAUGUGAAAUGCUCGUCUUUCAAAAUGAAUUUCCCCAUUUAUCAUAUUGGAAAUAAAAAUAAUCCGUUCCACCACCGAAAAACAUCAAUAUGAUACUCAAUUUUUAAAAUAAUGGAGCAUCCUACCUAACACACUAAACGAACCCUUAUGACAUUUGCCCGUUUUCCAAAUUUUUCAUUUUUUUUAUUCUACAAAAAAGAAAGUCAAUGUUUUGCAACAUCACAGCAGUCACCCCUUUACAUCCCAUCAUCAUUAGCAUCUUUAAAAAAAAAAAAAAUUAUUUGCAUCGUUGGAGGCGUCCAUGAAUGUGCGAGAAGCAGCGGGAACGCACCACGUGGUUUUCUUGUUAAUCAAGCGAGAGCUCGUCACUCGAGACAAAUUGUUGGCAAUCAGCGCGCUCGUUAUUCAUAAUGCUUGUAAAUUGAGGCGCUAAUCACUCGAGGUUCCACUGUACUUUUAUCUUUAAUCUGUCCAUAGGCUUAGUUAUAUGAUGUGUAGCUCAGAUAAAUUGAUAAUCAUCUAUGUGGAUAACUACAGACAACCACAUGCUUUCCGGAUACUGUAGUUUAUCCCGAUAUGUCAGAUUCUCGUUUUUGGGGUGGUACAAAUAAAGAUUUAAAAAAAGUUCAAAUAAAAAUCCGAUUAUUAGAGGGUGCUGCUCAAAUAAAGUUUGUGAUAAGGCUGUGAAAGUGGGGAUGGUGUUGCAAUUGGUCUGAAAACAUUUUGAGAGUAGUGUGGUGGUGGCAUGGUCCCAGUGGAAGGGAGGGGCAUAGUUUGUCUGGUAGGUGCCCCAGGUGCUUUUUGUCCAUGUGACCAGCACAGGCACCUAACCCUGGUUUUUGUUUUUAUGGUGUGUUAAUUGAGCAUUAAUUCCCAUUAUAUCAGUGGAUAUAUCGUCAAAUUUAGGAAGACCUGUUCAAUAUCUACUACUGUAUAAACGCAGGUCAUGUGGUGGCGAUAUCUUCAACAAGCAAGAUUCCAAAGAGACGCUCUCCAUGGUGAAUUUUGAGUAGAAACUAGAAAAGCAUUAAUUAAAGCCAGAGAAGGGUAUACGAGAAGUCCAUGUGGUGGAGUGGUAGCACAGAAGCUUUAUACCGGAAUUGAUCUCAUGGGCACUGGUCCUCGACCGUUUGCUCGUGUUCAUCAAGCAGCAAUUGGGGACUUUAUUUUAAAAUGAUUGGCAGGCCGUGUUCCAGGAAAACGAGCAGGGUUAGACUCUAAAUGAGCUGUGGGAAUGGAAAUAUCUAAUCCUAGCUAUAUAAUUCAGAAAUUCUUAAUGUUUUCUUUUGUACUCUCUCCAGGAAAUAGAGAAACCAUGUAUUCAGACAACCGGUCUUUUGGCCAGUCUCACUCUAAGGACUCGAAAGUAUGCAGUUGUCUGUAUUAAAGUAAUAAUGACAAAUCACAAAGUUCAAUACAUUUCUGGCUCAUGAGUGGUCUUAAGUUAAAGCAGAGCCUCGCUGAGAUAAUGGAGGAUAUCUCUAUAUUUCUCAAGAUAUGCUGAACUCUGCCACUUCUUGUUGUUUUACAUAGUGAACAAGGCAUAAUUAUGUUUAUGUAAUUAUUUGUGUCAACUUGCAAAACAAAAUUAUAGCAAAAAGAAAAAUAUUUAAUAAUGUCAGAAAUUGCAGGUAUUAUCAUCUCAGGCAAUACAGUAUAUGUACAUGUUGAUAGUGUGAAAUGAUCCAUAUACCAAUUCAUUAUGUAAUACAGAAUACUUAAAUUUAUUUUCUUUAACAAAUACAAAUGUGCUUAUUUAACUAUGACAGGAUAAUACUGUACACAAGAAUUAAAAUGUUAUUUAUGAUCAUUAUUUUUCUUAUAACAACACUCAUUUCCGGUUGAAGACUGUCGUCAACUAGGAACGUGUCGCACCAUGUUCAGCAGGAUCAAUUGGUAGAUGAAGAAGACAUGCUCGAAAAACUGCCUCAUUCUCUUUCUUAAAAGCUUUUGUCCAGAAAGAUUCAUCAUCAUCGUGACUUUUCCAGAAGAUCUCUUGGGGUUCCACUAUUUAAUAAACUUUUAUAUAUAAUAAAAAUGUGGAUCUUAUUCUGAUGCUUUAAUUAAUUGCAUUCAGUGUACUGUACUGUACAAGAGCAAAUGAUUUAGGGAGUAGAUCAGGUUGCCUCAGAAGCAGCACCAUAGCAUGUUUUCCAUAUAUCCGCUGAUAAUGUUUUUACCCUUACACUUACACUGCAUAUUGCCACCUGGUGAUCUGCUCCACUUUCACAUCAUCCCUUCAAUAAAUACCGUUUUCCCA